AGCGAAUCAACACUUUUGUAAGUUAAACUGAAGCAGUCGGUUGUGAAAUUAAGACUGCUCUGCAAUAUAAAUAGCUAAAUAUUCAGUUUUAAGCAUCAAUAUUCAUCAAAAAAGACUACAGAAAGAUAAUGAAGCUGACCUGCACAUACGAAGAUUUUACAUUCAAUACCGGCGAAGUAUUCUAUCAGUGCAUCAUCAAAGACCAAGAAGCCCUAAAUGAAGAAGAUUACGAAUUUUCCGGUCAACAUCUCACCAAAAAGUACGACCCCGAUGUGACAUUUGUUGAGUUCCGUGACUGCAACUGUCCAAAAGUUCCACAAGGAUUGACAAAAACCUUCCCAAAUUUAAAGGUUUUGAGCAUCUGCAAUUCAAAGUUGAAGGACAUCAGCAAGGAUGACAUGGCUGAGUAUAAAAAUCUUCAAAGAUUCAUUUGCGAUCAAAACGAAGUUGACUUCCUGCCUGGUGACUUAUUUGAAGGAUUUAAGGACUUAAAUUACAUAAAAUUCACAAACAACAAGCUUGGAGUCAUCGAGCCGAACUUACUGAGUGGAGUUCACAAGCUGCAGUAUGUGAACUUCAAGUCCAACCCAAGCAUUCAUAAAUUUGCAGCUAACAGCCAAGUCUAUAAUCGUAGCAUUAAUACAACACUUUGGAAGCUCCGGUGGUUCUUGACAUUCAAUUUUCUCAGCUCUGAUCAAAAAUUCAUCAGGAACUACGCAUUAAAGUGUCCAGAUCCUAACAAAGCUAUUGAUUUAUUAAAGGAAUGUGCAAAUGGAUAUGAAAGUAAAAUGAACCUCCUUGACGUAAGGUACGAUGUGUAUGAAGAAAGACGAGCUAAAGAUGUCGCUGAGCUUAAAGCUGCUGAUGAAAAAUUGACACAGCGCGUUGCUGAGCUUGAAGCUUCAAAUACGAAAUUACAUCAAGAGAUUGAGGAGAUGGAAGGUUUAAGGAUGAAGUUGAGUCAACAGCUUGAAGAAUAUAAGAAGGAAGUAGAAAAAGAAAAGGAAGGAAACAUAAAGUUGAAGAAAAGCAUGCAAAGUCAAAUCGACAAUUUGGUUCAACAAUUUCAAUCAAUUAUGUUCAAUAUUAAGUCUCAAUAAAGAAUUUACUAUGCCAAGGGGAG